AUGCAUUUCAUCACCAAGAUUCUUCAAGCGGGCGUCAUCCUGCACGUCGCCUUCCAGGGCGCGUCCAGUGCCAUCAUGCGCGGCCGAUCCGGCGAGAUCGACUCGAUCCAAGAGGCCCAGCUCUCGACCCGCGCGCUGACCGACCAACUGGAGGACCUCGACAACCAGUUGGGCGAGUUCUUGAGCAACUACAAGGGCGGCCAUCUCAAGCCCGACGGGGACACCACCAGCAUCUUGACCAUUGCGACCGCCGACAUCGAAAAGAGACAGAACCUCCAGAUCUCCCAGCAAGCCCUCCAGGAUCUCCUCAAGCUCAUUCAGUCGAUCGAGACGCAGAUCUCCGCCAUCAUCGCGUCCGGCGGCAGCUCGCCGAGUGGCGGCGCCGUCCAGACCCCGGCCGUCACGGGAGGGAAUCCGGCGCCCAUCGCUACCCCCGGCCCCGUUCCCUCCCCGGUGCAGUCGGCCAAUCCUCCCGUUUCCAACCUGUUCUCGGCCUCCAACCCCGUUGCACCCAACCCCGGGGCUACCAACCCGCCGGCAGCUUCCAACCCCGUGGCGUCUAACCCGUCGAACCCUGGAGCUACUAACAACCCUGGUGUAGGUCCUGUUGUCCCCGCCCCCUUUCUAACAAACUCAGGUGCAGGCGCAGGUGGUGCUGGAAACCCCAUGACCACCGCAUAUGGAACAGCUACUACGACCGGUACGCGAUGCAAGACGACCCUCACUCAGACGUUUACCGCUUACGUCUAUGAAGAUGGCAGUCCGGCAGGAGCCCCUGCCAAGGCACGUGACGUGCAUUCCCACCAUGACGACGCGGAGGACUCGGACCUUGAUGGUCCUGAGGAGGAUGUCGAAGUCGUCGAGGACGGCGCCGUGGAAGAUGUCCAAAGUGCGGCCGAGUCGUGGAGGACCUUGACACGCCGUGAGUCGCGAAGGGGCCCCGAACGCUCCAAUCUCCUCCUCAUCCGUGAGGAAGGGGGUCUUUUUGAGAACUUGAACUAG